GUCACGCUUGUCUGCAGUGGCAUCAAUGCGUUGUGCCUUGUUAAUCCUGCUAGCCAACUUCGCGUUCUUUAGGUUAUUCCUCAGCAAUACUCGGCCUUGGAAUACACACUGCCCAGAUAUAGCUUCUCUCCAUCCUCAAUCAAAGAUUGUUCUAGAUGGAGGGCGCUACUCGGCUAGAGUACGGAAAGAUGGCGGAUUUACCUUUUUUAACGUCGAACCUGGUGCCUAUCUCCUUGAAGUGCUGGCUAGGGAUCAUGUCUUCGACCAGCUGCGGGUUGACACCCUUGACGAGUCGUUAUUGUCGCAAGAUUUGGGGACUACACCUGCGGAGGACAAUCUUCCUGCGCCUUCAAGUGUCCAAGUACGACCGUUUCUCCCUGGGACCCCAUUUUCUCCCUCUCCGCUACAUCAUCCUCUGGCAUACCCAAUCCUGCUGGUCCCGCUCCAACGCAAAGAAUAUGUCGCGCUUCCGGAUGGCUUUGAUGUGAUGUCAAUGCUGAACAAUCCGAUGGCAAUGAUGAUGAUUUUCGCUUGUAUCACACUGUUCAUUCUUCCAAAGGCCAUGCAAAACAUGGAUCCCGAAAUGCUGAAGGAGAUGUCUGAGAGACACGGUCGUAUCAUGAAAAUACAAAGCGACUUACACCAGGGAGACUUCAGCGGGAUUACUUCUGGUGUUAUGGAGGAUGUUAAUAGAGGGGCGGCAAAGACGGACGAGCGCCGCCUGCCUCCCAAGAAAGCAAACCCAGCACCCGUAACCUCUUCAACUGCCUCCAGCAAGAAGCAAACAUCGGAACGGAGGCGAUGAGGAUACACUUGUUUUUCUGCUCGUCGGUAACCUCGUUGUUGUUGCAUCCACACAAGGGAUUUGGCUGCUAAUUCUAUUAUCCUGCUUGAAAAUCAUAUCCCUUGUGUCCAUUUCCGACUGCUGUGCUUUGGUCCCCCUUCUCCCUCAUCGGUCGCGCGGAGUCUGAAAUUCUCGACAUC